GGCUUCUGCGCGUUUGAUAUUGAGAAAUUGCGCAAACGUUGCCGGUUUUUCUGCUCGUGAACUUCAGUCUCGAAUAUUAAUUCAACCGGUAACGCUGUAGUAAAAUUCGUAGCUCCUGAAAAUCAAAAAAUGGCGCCAACAGUUACUCUCUGGCCUAACUUCAAAGAAGAAGAAGAUGCACAAAUUCUGAGAGAUUCUUUGGAUGGUCUAGGAACCAACGAAAAUGCUAUUAUAGAAAUUUUAACCAAAAGAACCAAUGAACAACGAAGACGAAUAGUAACAGCCUACAAGACAAUGUUUGGCGAGGACUUAGUGAAUGAUUUAAAAAUCGACCUUGGAGGUGACUUUGAACAUGUUAUUUUGGCUCUAUUGAAAGACCCUUUAGAAUACCAAACCGAAGAAUUGCACAAGGCCAUUAGAGGUAUGGGUACUGAUGAUCCCACUUUGGUUGAGAUUUUAGUUAUCCAUGACGAUGAUGAGCUUAAACAGCUUGCUGAAAAAUACCAAGAGGUGUAUAAUAUUUCUUUAGAAGAUGCUAUAAAAGGCGACGAAACUGGAGCUUUGCAACAAUUGCUAGUCUCUCUUUCAACUGGUGGUAGAAAUGAAUCAGGCCAAGUUGACAAGGAUGCUGCUCUUGCAGACGCACAAAAGCUUUAUGAUGCAGGAGAAGCUUCUUGGGGAACUAGAGAAUCCAUUUUCAAUACCAUUCUUUGUAUUAGAAAUAGAAAUCAAUUGAGACUCAUUAUCGAUAAAUACGACUCUAUGAUUGGACAUCCAAUUGAAGAGGCCAUCGAAAAUGAAUUUUCAGGAAGUACUAAAGACGCCUACCUAAGUCUUAUAAGGAGUAUAAGAGAUAGAACAAUGUAUCUUGCAACAAGAUUGCAUGACGCCAUGGCUGGUCUGGGUACAGAUGAUAGAACGUUAAUAAGAAUUAUUGUUUCUAGAUCUGAAAUUGAUCUAGCAGAAAUUAAAGAAGCUUAUGAAGCCAAAUAUUCCAAGAGCUUGUACGAAAGAAUAUCGCCAACAGUUACUCUCUGGCCUAACUUCAAAGAAGAUGAAGAUGCACAAAUUUUAAGGGAUUCUUUGGACGGUCUAGGAACCAACGAAGAUGCUGUUAUAGAAAUUUUAACCAGAAGAACCAAUGAACAACGAAGACGAAUAGUAACAGCCUACAAGACAAUGUUUGGCGAGGACUUAGUAGAAGAUUUAAAAGGCGACCUUGGAGGUGACUUUGAAGAUGUCAUUUUGGCUCUAUUAAAAGACCCUUUAGAAUACCAAACCGAAGAAUUACACAAGGCCAUUAGUGGUAUGGGUACUGAUGAUCCCACUUUGGUUGAGAUUUUAGUUAUCCAUGACGACGAUGAGAUUAAACAGAUUACUGAAAAGUAUCAAGAGAUGUAUGAUACUUCUUUAGAAGAUGCUAUAAAAGGCGACGAAACUGGAACUUUGCAAAGAUUGCUGGUCUCUCUUUCAACUGGUGGUAGAGACGAAUCAAGCCAAGUUGACAGGGAUGGCGCUAUUGCAGAUGCACAAAACCUUUAUGAUGCAGGAGAAUCCUCUUGGGGCACCGAAGAAUCCGUUUUCAAUUCUAUUCUUUGUAUUAGAAAUAGAAAUCAAUUGAGACUCAUAUUCGAUGAAUACGAAACUAUGAUCGGACAUUCAAUUGAAGAUGCCAUCGAAAAUGAAUUUUCAGGAAGUACUAAAGACGCCUACCUAAGUCUUGUAAUGAGUAUAAGAGAUAGACCAAUGUAUCUUGCAACAAGAUUGCAUGACGCCAUGGCUGGUAUGGGUACAGAUGACAGAACUUUAAUAAGAAUUAUUGUUUCUAGAUCUGAAAUUGAUCUGGCAGAAAUUAAAGAAGCUUAUGAAGCCAAAUAUUCCAAGAGCUUGUACGAAAGAGUAUCGGGCGACUGUUCUGGAAAAUACGAAAAAACACUUUUGAAAUUAAUUGGUUAAGAAAAACGAAUUUUAAGAGCAUUAAAUUAUUAAGUUGAUAGAUGAUAAUUCAUAUAUUUUCUAAAAAUAUACAUAGAUCUUCGAUAAAACUAUAUUUUAAUACAUAGUGAACAUUUAAAAAAUAUUUAAUAUAUUAGGUAUAGAUAAAGCAUCUGUAAAAAUAGUAUAUUUUUUCUUAUAUAUUAAACAAUUGUGUAUUUUUUUCGUAUUAAAUCGUUUAAUGGGGAAUAUCAUUUUAUUAAACAACAGAAAAAGCACUUUUCAUAUUUUUAAAAUUGUAUUUUAUAUAAUUUUAAAGAGAAUAAUUUUUAAAUAGCAAAAAAUAUAAAUCCCUGAAAUAGCGUACGGCCAUUUAACAUUUUAAAGUAAUAACUAGAACAAAAAA